AUGUCGGACCAAGUACCUACAGACCCUAGCGACCAAGCUCCUCCAGAUCUCCCGGGCAGCAGUCACAUCUUCUUGCCAGCCGAGCCCGUCCCAAACGAGUUGAGCGAGGAUGAAGACGACAUCAUCCCUAGAAAGAGACCGCUUGGCGACCUGGUCAACACCAAGAUCGAUGAGGAUGAGGCUUCCAAUAUGGGAGACGAUGAUGAUCUGUUCGGAGAUGGCGGUGAUGACGAUGAACAAGAAGAAGCUGCGCCUGAACCCCUUCGCACUCUUGAGGAUGAAGAACUGGACUCUGGAGAUGAUGAGGGCCGCCAUGAUCGCAUGCCCUCGGAACAGUAUGACCAGGAGACACAGAAUGUCGUUAUCCAAGAGUCGAGCAUGAGCAGGCAACCACUACCUGAGCCUACCGACGGCGAGAUGUACCUGACUAAAAUUCCCAAAUUCUUGUCUGUCGAGCCUCGAAGAUGGCACCACACCACCUACCAACCACCUACCACCGAUCAUCACUCGCACGAGGCCGCGCCAGGCUUCUCUGCCUACAGCACCGCUAUCAGCACUGUCCAUUGGAGACGCUCGCCCUCCAACCCCAAGAACAUACAGUCCAACGCCCGAAUCUUGCGCUGGUCCGACGGCAGCUUGACACUACAACUCGCCUCGAAUCCUACACAGCAGUACGAAAUUGAGGGCAACCCUCUUGCUCCUCGCCAGCGCAACCCUACCAAACCCACCCCUACGAGCCAGAAGCCCGGCAGAAAAGAUCACGGCAAUGACUCGUACACCUACUCUGACCCUGCCACUACCGACGAUGCACUCGAGAAGCUACAGAACUCGCUGGCCGCUAUCUCCCAGGGCAAGAACAAGAGCAGCGCUGGUGGUAUCGAGUUUGUUAAGAUCGACGAGGACCCUGAGCUGGCUAAGAAAAAGGCAGAGGUUGCAGAAAGAGAAAAGGAUCGUGCACGAAAGCGAAGAGAAGCGGCAGAGACCCGAGAGCGUGAGAGAAAUGGUCGCGCACUGGGCCGUGCUGGUCUCGGCUCAAGAGGCUAUGGCGGUGGUCUUACUGCUGUACAGCGAAGACGAAGACUUUGGUCGCAAAAGAGCAACUUCGGCAACGAUGAGUAUGACGAAGAGGACGACUUUAUUGCUGGUAGUGAUGAAGAGGAGGCCGUCGAGGACGACGAGGAUGAAGACGAUGGCAUUGUCGAGGAGAGAAGACCCAAGGAGCGUGCGCCCAAGCGUGCAAGUCCUGAUGAAGACGACGAGGAUGCCGAAGGCGAAGACGACGAUAUCCCUCAGGCUUCCAGAACCAAGAGAAGGAGGGUCAUCGACGAGGAUGAUGAUGACGAGUAA